AUGUGGACGUUUUCUUGCCUUUGUGCCAUUUUAAUUAUUUUGACUAUUGCUGGUAUGGAGGCAGCAUCGAAGACCACACCAUACACCAAAUUUACAAAAAAAUCUGAUGCGAAAGAGGUGCCAAAGGGUUUAAAGCUGUCCACUGGCUUGCCUUGGGAAGAAGGAGGUGCUGUGCUCACAGAAAUGGCUUCAGUGGUAGAACCCACCAUGGACCCAGUUGCCUCGGACUCUGGUUUUCCCACGGCCACUCUCUUUCCCUUUGAAAACUUCACUCUUGAUACAGUUGAUUUCUUUUUGAAUUGUUGUCGUUGCUGUGCACCUGUUGUUGGGCAGAAGGGAGAACCAGGAAAGACUGGAACACCAGGUCUUAAAGGAGAGGUUGGUGAUAUGGGGAUUCCAGGCCCUCCAGGAGUCAUUGGACCCCAAGGGCCGAAGGGCCACAAAGGAGAAAAGGGACUAAAGGGAGGCCGUGGGGACCAAGGAGCAAGUGGAAUUCCAGGAUAUCCUGGAAAACCUGGAGAACAAGGUGGACUUGGCCCCAAGGGGGAUAAAGGAAACAUUGGCCUUGCAGGAAUAAAAGGACAAAAAGGCUCAAAGGGGGAUCUGUGUGGGAAUUGCACCAAAGGAGACAAAGGAGACCCUGGAGCCAUGGGCUUCCCGGGUUUGAAUGGAGAGCCUGGGACCAAGGGAGAGAAAGGAGAGACAGGAGAGAAAGGCUACUGUGGAGACUCAGGGGAGAGAGGAGGGAAAGGGCAAAAGGGUGAGAAGGGGAUGAAAGGGGAAAGAGGCAGCAAAGGAGACACUGGAAUAGAAGGCACAAGGGGCCCAGGUGGCCUGCCUGGGGCCAAAGGUGAUCCAGGCCUUAAAGGAGAAAAAGGAGAGUUAGGUCCUCCUGGCUUGGUGGGACCUGCUGGGCCAAAGGGUGAGCAUGGAACUAAAGGAGUCCGAGGACCUAUUGGGAAAAAGGGCUCACGGGGUUUCAAGGGCUCCAAGGGAGGGGUGGUCGAAGUCCCACAGUCAGCCUUUAGUGUUGCUUUAUCAAAGCCAUUCCCUCCUCCUAACACCCCUAUCAAAUUUGACAAGGUUCUGUACAAUGACCAAGGGGACUACAGCCCCGUCACUGGGAAAUUUAACUGCAGUAUUCCUGGGGCAUAUGUGUUUUCCUAUCAUGUCACUGUGAGGGGUCGGCCUGCUCGGAUCAGCCUGAUGGCCCAGAAUAAUAAGCACUUCAAGUCCAGAGAGACUGUCUAUGGCCAGGAAAUCGACCAGGCCUCUCUCCUCCUCAUCCUGAAAUUAAGAGCAGGAGAUCAAGUGUGGCUGGAAGUGUCAAAGGAUUGGAAUGGCGUGUACGUGAGCCCUGAAGAUGACAGUGUUUUUACUGGGUUUCUUUUGUACCCAGAGAAAACUUCUGAAAUUUCACCAUAA